CAGUUCUUUUAAAGAUUUCAAAAAUUCAACAACGGCUCGCCUUUUAAUAUUUGCAAAUAAAAAUCUAAAAAUGAUAAAAUCAAUUUUUUUUAUUUUAUUGGGCGUGGCGGCAUUCUCGUUUACUCAAGCUGGAGAGAAUAAUUUGGAAAAUGAAAAGGAACUCGCACCAUCCAACUAUUACAUCUCUAAUAAUGUACCAAAGAAUAUCGAUAAAAAUUGCGAGCUACAUUUUGAAUGUAAAAAGAAGUUGAAACAAGCCGAAGUACCGAAACCCUGCCUAAAGUUUUGCUUGAAAUAUAUUCAAUGCCAAAAUGGCACCAAAGUGCGUGGUUCAUCGGAUCAAUGCUUAGAGCUUAACGAGCAAUUGGUUGCUGAAGAAUAUAACGACUGUGCAAAGGACGGCAGUUAUGUGCCGAUCGUACCGGUUGCUAUGAUUGAUUUUCCCUGCCAACCUGGCUACUUGCCGGACAGUCGUGGACGUUGUCGUGAAGUGUGGUAAGGCGCCAUAAACGCCUCGCUAUAAUUAAUUUAUGUUAAUAAUUUUAAAUAUUUGUUUAUAAAUCAAACAACAAAAAAAUAAUAAUAAAAAUUGUGAGUUAAAACGUUGCCUUAUCAAUGUUUACAUCCAGGCGAGUGUUCGUUUCGAAACUUUUAAUGGUAUAAUUACUUGCCUCGUGUGCUCGAAAAGGCAAAGAAGAAAGUCAAUUGCAAAAAUUUUAAAAUAAGAAUUUAGCGAGAAGAAGUUGUUCUCUGCAUGCGUUUAGCAUAAGAGAUAGAGACAGAGACAAGAAACCUGAAUUUCUUCCUCAUCAAAUCAAUGUAUAUUGAAAACUUAAUUAUAUAUAUGUACAUAUGUGUGUACCCACGACCAUUAAGUUGAUUGCCACUGUCUUCACUCUUUUGCUUUUAAGUUAGUUUCAUGUUCUAACAACUUCCUCCGCAAGCUACUAUUUACAGGUUGCGGUUAUUCUAAUGGAAUUACAUUUAUUUAUGUAAAAUUAUAUUAAAUAUUUAUUUUAUUUUGUUUGUAUAUGCGUAAGCGUGGGCACAGAAAAUGCAGCAACUAUAACUAACUCUAUUAUGCAAAUAAUAU